CAUAAAAGAAAUAUAAAAUACUAGUCGUUAGCCCGUGGAAAAAUCCACGGGGGGUUCGCCCGUCGCAGCUAAGCUACAAUUUCGCGUGACAGACAGACGGACGGACGGACAGACGUAUACGGGCAUUUUAAUAUAGAUUCAAUUCAAUAUAGUACAGAUUAUAGCAAAAAACUGGAUUUUUUUUUAAUAUUUCCGUCAUCAAAGAUUUUUUAUUGUAACACGAAACAGAAACCAUUAUGAUCGUAUAUAAUUUUAGCUAAUAAAGAAAUAUUUAAUAUAAUAUGAUAUUAAUUACUAAGUAUAUGUUUAUUCAGUAUUUAUUUUAAAGCUUGAGAUGGACACCAUUUAUAAAGAUGAAAAUUUUUUUUAAUUACUAAGGUAACACUAAACACUAUUUCUUUCGUUAUGUGAUGCGCUCCUUCGUCGGGUUACUUCUCGAGCAAAAGAACUGUUUGUUAUUAGAAGCUAAUAGAUUGGUACUAAUUGAAAAUUUUUGAGACAAUAGACAAGAUAUACUUUCAUUUAUACAGUGUGAUCAUUUUUUUAUUUUCUUAUAAAGUUAAUAUGAGCCGAUCAGCAAUUUUUGCGUUAGAAGCUAAUUCAUGUCGCUUUACGUAACUUCUGCGGGGAAGUGCAAGCCUAUAGCGUAAUAGAUUUGUUCAUGUUAGCAUUAUAAAAAUUUUUUUGUAAUCUUAAAUUUUGGACAGAAGGCUGGUGAUAGAGGUGAAUCUAAAAGUCUAAAAAGACCUCUUUGAUGAGAUUUUCAAACUCGCAGAAUUUCUACAGUUUAGUUUAUGAGCAAAAGAAUGUGUAAAAAUGACGCACAGAUACCAAAUACAACAAGAUGUUAUUCUGCGAAAAUUUCUUCCAGCGGAUUUUUUGGAAAACGCAAUGUCAUAUCAACCAACGGAAACAGACACAACUAUUGUCGGCUAUCCGAGAUCUGGUACCACGUGGGUGGCUUACAUACUUUAUCUGCUUAAGAAUGAAGGGGAAGCAAUCACUUUCACUGAAAGGUUAUGGGAAGAUAUCCCAGAAAUUGGAAUAGGACGCCAUGUGGAACACAAAUUCGGAAAAUAUUUUGUGCAGCUAGCAGAAAUGGCGUCUCAUCCUCGUAUCCUGCGUUCACAUUUGCCAUACGAGAAAACACCAAUCCAUCCAAGAUCGAAAUGCAUCUAUAUUUCCCGAAAUCCUUUUGACACAGCAGUUUCGUUAUUUGAAGAAAUACGAACAACAAAUGAAUUCUCUGGUGCAUUUAACGACUUCUUCACGUAUUUUCUGCAUGGUCAAACAGACUAUAAUGAUUAUUUUCAGCAUCAUAAAGGCUGGCUUCAAAGGAAAACAAACCAGUAUGAUUUAUGGAUAACUUACGAAGACCUGGUCACAUAUCCUCGAACAGUUAUAAAGCAAAUUGGUGAUUACCUAGGAGGAGUUUAUCAACGCAGUGCGAACGAUGAAUUUACUAUGAGCAAAAUCAUCAAAGAAAGUUCAUUUUCUUGUAUGAAAGCGAAAGAAAAUAUUAUGGUGCAGUCCAAUCCGAAUCGGAUUAACGGGUAUUCAUUCUUUCGUAGAGGAUGUAUCGGCGAUUAUAGAGUGUAUUUUUCGAAAGAACAAAUCACAAGAUUAAAGGAGAAGUUUAACAGAGAAUUUAAUGACACUUCCUUAGUGAAAGCAUGGAGAGGUUAUAAAUUACCAAUUAGCAAUGACGACCGCAGAUGACUCGUAGAUCAAAAUAUCGAUAGUAUUCAGAUCAACAUAUCGAUAGUAUUAGACCAAGCUAAUAGUGAUAAAGACAAUAUUAUAUCACUAUGUUCACAUGGAAAGAACUGGAAAUAAAAAAUUUGAUGCUUGAUGCUUUUUUGUUGCUCUAGAGUUAUGCUGACAACGGAAAAAACGUAAAAGAACAAUAAGGAGCAUUUGCUUUUACAAUAGUUAUAUGGUAUAUGUGACGGUAACGAGACAAUGCAUGCACUUUGCUUGAAAAAAGUUUGGAAGAUUUUUAGACUGGUAUACUAAUUUUACGAACUCGUUGCCCCAAAAUGUCUUUUUUUACAACCACAAUUCCAAAAUUUAUUCUAGAAUAAAGAGACUUAUUUUACGCAAACCACUUGUCACAUGUCAGGAAGCAAAAAAAGGGACUUAGGAACGAGAUUGCCAAGCUCUGUUUUUUUAUGGUCGUCUCAACCUUUACGGAAAAUAAAUGUUUUAUAAAAAAAAGUAGGAAUUUAGACAAAAAAUAAAAUAUAUUGUUAACGCAGUUUUCUUUACUAUCAUGUAAAACUGAAAUACCUUCGCCGUCUUUGUAUCACAAUAAUUAGAAGCAGUGUGAUAAAAAAAAACCUAUAUCACUUUCUGUAAUAAAAUUUAUAUAAAUCA